CGCGUGACUUUGCGCUCGUUUUUAUCGGUUGUCAAACGCACGUGUCGGGUCUAUCUAAGACAGGUGUCGCGAAAACUCAACGAGAUGCGAUCGCAGUUACUACGCGCGACGACUAGAGGUCAGGUCAGGAUUUGACAGGCGCCCUGCGUGAAUAUUUACGCGUUCCAAACCUCGAUCCGUAUUCAAUAAAAAUAUCGAUAUAAGACAUCAAACUGUAUUCCGCGUCUCGGAAAAGAAUAUAUUUAUAUCUUAAUAUAGUAAAUAUACAGAUAUAUUUCUCAAGAGUUCUCUUCAUUUUCUGGUUAAAGUCACAUCGCAGAGGCGUAGACGCAAGCGUAAAUUAAAAGAACCAUGGGCAAAAAGUUUGACGAAGAUUUAAAAUCUUGUGAAAUGUUGAGCGUCGCUUUAAGUAGAAUCAUCAAGCAUACCGCAAACAACGAAUUUCGAGACCAAUGUUUCAAAGUAUUGAAGACCGACAGCAGGGUUGGCGCGCAAACAGCACUCGCUGCCAACUUAUCAUCGAUUGUGUCUCACGUUGGCCUGUUUACUCAAGAACGACGGAAUACGACGGAAAAAAAAUAGUACGAAGAAACCGACAGAUGACAAAACCCAUUAAACAUUUGUUAAUCUAUAAUUAUUUUUUUUCUCGUUUGUUUUCUCUCUCUCUCUCUUUAGCGGAGAGAUAUUACAAAAUUUUAUAAGUAUAACGUUCCAUUGCAAUAUAUCAAGAGACGCUACAGCAAACACUCUCUUCUUUAGAAAUAAUAAAUAAAUAUUUAAUAUAAUGAGAAUUUAAGAAAAUAACCGUCCCAUGUGAUUGGCACCAAAGUUGGCAACAUUUAUGACAGCCGCGUCAAGUUGGAUCAGGAUUAUGCUAGGUCAGGAGUAGGUGGAUAGGUAGAAAUAGAGAUAAGGUAAGGAUAGGUAGAUAUAUAUACAUAGAGGUCGGUGGGUGGGCGGUGCAACGGAAGAAGCGUCUCUGAUCGCGGAGAGUCCGGAGAGUGUCGACGAAGGUUAACGCGAUCGUCGCGGUGAUUGUGCACCGCGUCUCUCGCGAUCAGACGGUGAUGCGGCGCGGAAGAUACGGCCGAGUAAUCGGGACGAGGUAGCCGCGCUGGCUGUCUCGACGCCGUCGAUAUCGCCUCGAUAGGUGGCGAGGAAAAUGGAGACGGAUGGAUACGGCUCGGGCCCUCGUAUGCGUACAUUUCUCUGCGGCCCGCGGUGAAGUAUCCGGCUAACAGAGGUUCUCAAAUCAGGAGCGGCGUAUCGAAAACUUCAAGAGAAAACAUGGCUUGAUUGAGAGGGGUGUAAAGGCUGGCUGUCAUCGUGGCAAAUUGUGUCAAAAGUCUGGAUUCCUGUUCUCCUCGUUCUCAUUUGAGGCUGCAAAAAAUGCCUGGACCGUCGACACAAGAGAGACCUCGUGCUCAUCGACUCACAGACAUCGAGUCUCAGACAGCUAAGGGUCUGAGUGGUAAUCUGACGGACGAUUUCAGCACACCUGUUAGCUCUGGCAGCAAUAUGAGUAGUAUCGCGCGCUUCCCAAAACUCGACGAGUGCGCUCAUUUUCAUUACGAGCACGUCGAGCUCAGUACUUUGGAGGUAUCCAUUAACGAAGGAUCUAGCAACGAUUCGGAGAGCUAUGACGUGCGGAUAACGUCCGGAGAUGCGUGCUGGACGCUACAGAGAUCCUAUGACAACUUUGUCAUGUUUGACAAACAACUGCACCGCUGCAUAUUCGACAGAAAAUUCUCUUCUUUAACAAAGCUUCCAGAUGUUCGGCCAAAAAAUACCUGUGAUAUACUGAAGGAUUACUUGAAUCGGUUCUCACAAUUGAAUCACGAGGGUCUAAACUGUGGUCCAGUGUUGAAUUGGUUACAACUCGAUAAUCGUGGAAGGAGAAUCCUGGUGCCAGAAUCGGAUUCCUGUCCUAUAAAUACUCCGGCUGUUGCCGCGGCAUACGCCGUGAGGCCUUACACCGCUCAGGCACAAGACGAGAUCUCCUUCCAGGUAGGCGACAUGAUAUCCGUAAUAGAUAUGCCUCCGGCGGGAGAAAGUACGUGGUGGCGCGGAAAGCACGGGUUCGCGGUUGGAUUUUUUCCAGCCGAAUGCGUUGCCGUGAUAGGUGAUAAGGUACCGCGUCACCUAACAGUUUCAACGACAGUCAGAUCGAGAUUACCGGUAAAGCCCGUGUUGCGAAAACACGGCAAACUGAUCGCCUUCUUCAGAUCCUUCAUACUGAAUCGGCCUUCGAGGAGAAGAUUGAAGCAAUCGGGCAUAUUGCGGGAGCGCGUAUUUGGUUGCGAUUUGGGAGAACAUUUGCUAAACUCUGGUCAAGAUGUGCCUACCGUGCUGACGUGCUGUGCGGAAUUUAUAGAGAAACAUGGUCUGGUCGAUGGUAUAUAUCGUCUUAGCGGCGUAACAUCCAACAUUCAAAAAUUGCGGAACGCCUUCGAUGAAGAUCGGGUUCCAGCGUUGCAUUCCGACGAAAGUAUUCUACAAGAUAUCCAUUCGGUAGCAUCGCUGUUGAAGAUGUACUUCAGAGAGCUGCCGAAUCCGUUGUGCACGUAUCAGCUUUAUUCCACUUUCGUUAGCGCGGUUCAAGCUAGCAGCGACGCUGAAAGAUUGAGACGUAUGAGAGAUGCGGUGAGAAAGUUACCGCCACCUCAUUACAGGACACUGGAAUAUCUGAUGCGUCAUCUGGUAAGGGUGGCCGCGCGUGGCUCGGAAACAGGUAUGACACCGCGCAACGUGGCCAUUGUGUGGGCGCCGAAUCUCUUGAGAUGCAAAGAACUGGAAGUGGGUGGCGUAGCGGCACUUCAAGGUGUCGGUGUUCAGGCGGUCGUGACGGAAUUUCUAGUCUGCUACGCGGAGCUCAUAUUCGGGGAUGGUCCUGUCGGCAGACCAAAGUCAUUGGCAAUCACCACGUCCGCACGACUGCUCACUCUGGAGGAGGCACGCAAUAGAAGCCUCAGGGGUGAACCUGAUUAUAUAGAAGUAGGAGCAGGUCCAGCCGGCUUACCGUUGCGCUAUCACACUGUCAUAGAGUUGCCUCGCAAGAGGAACGGUUCAAAACGAUCACCUUCGCUAAAUUGGAGGGCGUUGUUCGGCAGAGGAGCUGUGGGGAAAACGAGACAGAUUGGUACGCCGCCGCAAGCGGAAACAGUGCCAAGUUCCUUAAACUCCCUGCGACGAUUGAGACCGGUCAAGAGCGCCGACAGCUUGGACGGCGAGGAUGGCUUGGGUCCCCUUUUGGGGGGACCGCCUCCUACCAGAACCUGUGGUCACAGUCGAUCCGUUUCACAUGACUCGUACUUUGAUCAUUUGGCGGACGCGCCCAAUGUGCCCUCGCCGUUAGAUCUCUCAGAGAUACAACUCAAUUUCGAUUUAGAAGAGCGAGAAAUGAGAAUGCUUUCAGAAGAAGAAGGUGGUGGAGUGGCGUCGGUAGAGGCAUCGCCGCGUCGGCAAAGAAAUGAGAGUAAUCAAUGCGCCGCCGCCACUGGCGGAUCCAAGAGAAAACGAUCUCGUUUAGAAGAAAGACUGCAUUGUGACGUCGAAUUGCGUUUUAUAGACAGCCAAAGUCCCGAUCAGGUUAUGGUAGCGACGAAUGCGGAUAUACACAGUAUCGACACACCGUCUCCGUUACCAACGCCAGGUUAUUUGCCAUUACUAUCGGAAGCCUCUACACCGUUAACGCCCGCUACGUUGCAAGGCACAUCUCACUCUGCGUCGCCAAUAGCCAAUAGUCCCAGAAUAAGUUUCCGAAGUUUCACUCUGCCGUUAGAGAUUGGCGAUGAGCGUGAUGGGAGUAGCGCGAAUAAGUUGAAGGAAGCUAGCGUGUCGUCUUCAGAAAAGCUAUCGGACUCUAGCCAUAGAUUAUCGAUAAAUCUAGAAGACCGAGAUAGGGGAUUAAGGUCAUGCGAGAGGACUAUGACGACUUGUGACGAACGCGUAGAAUUGCGUGAUAGAAAUAUAACCAUGUCACUUUCGGAUGUUGAAAAUAAAACUGCAAAUCAGUCGAGCGCGGUUGCUUCGAUUUUCAAUAAUACCAUGGAGAUGACAUCAUGUAACAGAUUGUCCUCUUUAUGCGGAGAAACGAAAUCUGGCGGAAUUACUGUAUCUCGCAAGGACGCGACAGGUGGAUCGAGCUCGCUUGAUUCCGUGAAAAUCUCGUCCAAGUCGUAUAACGAAAAGGCGAGCGCAGCGAAGGAAAGCGACGAGAUUACCGAUUUACCGGAUAAUCCUGCCGCUGUAGCCAAUUUGCCGAGGUUGUUGUCCAAUACGACCGAUCUCGAUUCUCCGAUGUCGUGCGAGCAAACUCUCCAGGAACUGCAAGAAUCUGGAUUUGUAAUAUGUGAUAAUUCCGACAAAGUGUUCACCAAUACGGAGAAACCGCGCGUGGCGAGCAACAGCAACGAUUCUGGCGAUUGGGUGAUCAUUGGAAGAACGGCGACUGGUUCCCUCGCAACGCCGAUCAGUGAAUUGACUAGUCCCAACGAUCCCUUUUCGGAAGGUGGCGCAAAUCCGGCGACGUCUCCGGAAAACGAUUCCGAAACAUUGUUGGAACUUACCUCAACCACUGAUGCAUUCUGCAUCGAAGUAGACACGAAAUCAGAAAGUCGUAUAUUGACGCAAGAAAGCGAGAGGAUGAUACUCGAUAUUACAGAUACAAAGAAGUACAUGAAGAAUCAUGGACACGAGCGGGAAGAUUGCGCAAACGAUCCGCAAACGAGUUUCGAUAUCGUAAACGAGGGUAAUCUCACGGAGCAUUCCCAUUCCCGAUUGCGUGAUCGAGAGAACGGCAAUCGUUACUCGUGCACGAUGGCAGAUAUUGACUCGAAUCAGGAGUCUAACGCGAGAGAGCGGCAACAGCAGGUUCGCGCGUGUUACAUUGAAGCUGAUAACGCGAAUGUAUUUGGUACGAAUCAGAACGAUGUGAGCGGUGAAGAAAAGGAGGCAUUCAGAGAGACGGAAACUUUCGAAAAUUAUCACCGUCUAUCGAGAGAUACGAGCACGCAACGUUCCCUGCACGUCAUAAAUCGGCCAAGAUUUUCGGAUAAUUCCGAGGACGAUCGAAAAAGGAGCACGGUUUCCAUGAUUCAGGAUGAUCGUGACAAUGACCACUGUUCAAACGAACUGUCAAACAAGUGCCAAAGUUUCGGAUACAAUAAUACGCAACAAGUACGUAAAAGCGCUUCCAAACGUAGCGACGAAAAUCACAAGUGCGUAGCCAGUUUGCAGACUAAUCAAAUGCAAGAUAACAUUGAGAUGAGAAUCCCUUCGGAGAACGCGGCCGAACCCUGCGAGGUCGCACAUGCACCGGAAGGCGCGUCCGAGCUGAUGGAACGAACAUUGGAUGCUCCAAGUACGUCCCCGACUGCCGACGACACCGUGGUUCUACGAGAUACCGCGGCCAUCUUGCAGGAACUAGCUCUGCAGAGAUUAUCCGGAGGUGCCGCGCUGGGAAACGCGUCCGCGAGAAGAAGAUACGAGAGCGAAACUGUCAGAGAUCGCAGGAGCUUCGAUUCGGAAAUCGGCCGGGAGAUUGUCAGGGAGAGAAGGAUGAGGCAGGAAUUAGACUGCGCGAGAGGAAAAUCCGAGGAGCCGUCGCAACAUCUGCCGCCCUGUUUGCGGGCGCGUCACGCGAGAGCGACACGUGCGGCGCUGAGUCGAUCCCUAGACGAGGCCAAGUUCCAUCGGAUGACGGGAGAAAUUCCGACAUUAUCGGUGAAACAAACGUCCGAGGAGCAGCAUUGCUCCACGCCUAAUGUCGGCGGCAGCGGCGGUGGCGCGGGCUCGAGCGCCUCCGAGAAGAUUCAAUUGAGGAAUCUCGGCGGCCUGGAUCUGGGCGACCCGCAAUGCAGAGAGAGAAUCGAAAAGUACAAAGAGGAGAGGAGGAUGUUCUUGAGGGACAAGUAUCGAUCGGAGAGCUUCCGCGGGAUUUCAUCCAAGGCGACGGAGGACGACAGCGAGCAGGCGUUGUUAACCAGGUUGAAACAGAGAGCUUCGAGACCUUCUCUUCAUUGAUAAAGUUCUUCACUCUUGCUCUCUAAAGUAGUAGUAUAAAUAAGUUCCGGAGCAAAAAGGUAAUAUGUGAAAAAUGCAAUAUUCAUUAUCUACCUGCAUUUUAGAAGAGUGCAAAUUAUAUAGAGAACGACUAUGGAAUUACUCGACCGUAUAUGCGAUCAAAUUUUACAAUUUUCUCUUAAUUGUUGUUGCAUUAUUGUUUUUUAAAGCAGCAAGUAUACAGGGCAACUAACUAGAACGGAACAUCGAACAAAUAUGUAUCUAAAUGAUAAUAUAAUAGAGAUAAUUUCGCGCUAUUUAAAAAAUUCCAUAACUCGUAUAUUUUUAUUGAAUUUAUAUCCAAUGUAAGAUUCACGCUAAAACUUAUUUGUACUACUCACGAAUGCGAAUUCUACUGCAUUCAUCGACGAAUGUUAUUUCUGCUUUUGUUGCGAGCCAAUUGAAUCGCUUUCACUUGAAUCUCAUCGGUGCCGCUGCGAAUGAUAUCGGCAGCAAAUUACGACGAGGAUGAUGAAACAUAAGUUACUUGAGGAUCCAUAACUCGUCUUCGCCAUUGUUAGCUAAAUUGUAUGGACGCUUUUAAAGCUGAUAAUUUAUUACAAACUCAAAGAUAUUCACCUUUAUUAUUGUUAAAAGUUUUAAUAACGAUUCUCUGUAAUUAUUAUUAUUAUUCUCUUUGAUUUUUUUUUUUUAUAUUUACUUGUAUUCUUUGUACUGUUAUGCUAGAGAGAACGUAUAAUUGGGUUGCUUAUUGUAUGUACCAGAAUCAACAAUUUUGUGUGGGUUCUGAUGACGUCAAUAUGCGAAAUGUUAAAUUCACCUGUUGCUCUCAUGCAUUGCAGAUAGUAAGAAGUAUAGUAUUUUUUUAUAGAAAAAAAAUAGAAACGUAUAAAUUUCUUAGAAUCUUUAAUUUUUUUUUUUUUUUUUUUUUUUUAAGGAAAGUUUCUAUAUAAACCACAUAAAAUAUGAUUCACUUUGUCUGUUUCAUAUAGCUUUGGAAACAGUUGCGUUAUUCCAUGGGAGAAUAAUUGUUGACGAAAAAAUUCGUGCAUUGAAGAUCUCUGGUACAUACAUGAAGUUUGAAUAGUUUCGAACGAUUCACGCGCUUACGACGCUUAUAAAUAAAACGUUUCAUUCACGCAUUAAUGUUAUAUCCUAAUUAUGGACUGGUCCAUAAUGAUAUCUUUUUUUUGGAAAUUUGUUAAUAUUUUUUUUCGGUUAAUUAAUAUGUACAACAUAUUUGUAUAACAAAAGCACGCUUAUUGAUGAAAGGCUUGCUUAAAAUCAAGAUUACUAUCGAGAAUAAGCAAUUUUCUUAAAAAUAAGUGCUUAUCCUAGAGAGAGCGUAUCGCACGCCGUUGUAUGUGGUCUCGCGUUUUAUUAUUAUUAUUAUUAUUAUUAUUAUUAAGUUUCAAUCAUUAAGCAGUAGUUUCUCGUUUAGCUACCUCACCAUUCAUCUCACCGCUAUUACGGACGAAAAUGUGACGCCACGCGACGCUCAGUUAUAUUUUACAGCUAUAUUUAUUUUUAAUCCAGCGGAUUUAAUCGCCAUCUUUCUCCCAUCCCCCUGAAAAAGAGAACAAAUAUUUUUUUUUAUCCGCGGAUAUUUUCUUUUUGUUUCCAUAAAGACAUAACGCGAGUGCGUUUCUUUAGGUGACGGUUUGAGAAAACCGUUUGACAAGACUGGGCCAACAAUUUUAUCGAAUAUGAUUUAAGCCGUGCUCUAUUAUUGCCGUAGACGUAUUGCGAACAAAACUGCAUAUUCUAAUAUCUGAUCUCCCGCAGAUACUCGUGGCAUUUAUAAUAGAUUAGAGAGAUAAAUCGGGGAAAUUGUUAUUUCGUGCGAGGAUGUUAAAAUUUUCUUGCGAGCGUAUAACAUAAAGGAAAAAGAGCGAUGUUAUAUAUUGUUAAAACCGUGAUUUUCCCGUAUAUAAAAACAACGAUGCUCCCGCCGAGAUUUUACUCAAUGUACUUUUAAUUAUCAGCGUCGAUAUUUUGCGGCGAUAACCAGAGGUAUUAAUUAACCGAUUAUAUAUCUCGAGACACCUUCCUAGCAUCGUAUCCUUUUGCAUGUUCAUGUACCUUGGCUUGAAUAUUUCUCGAUCGAAUAUACUUUUAUCGCGAGAGAUCGAUGCCUGUGAGAACGGCAUGCAAGCACAUAUAUAUAUAUACGUAGUAGCGCGUAUAUUUCCGACAUUUAAUUAUUAAUGCAUAAAAUAUAUAUAUACACUUAGAGAUUUUUCGAUAGCGUCUCUCUCUUCCCUGGAUAUCCUUUAAAGGAUGUAGUUUAAUGGCCUAACUCUCUAUACAGAGGUAUCGUAGACAACGCUCUUAUACAAAACAACCCCUUUACAAACGAGGUACCUAACGACGAAGAGAUAUACUUGUGUGCACAAUAUUGACGAGCAACAAUAAUACAUCCGCGAGCGAUGUGUAUUUUUAAUAAGUUGAGAUUCUUGCGGUUUUUUCGCGAAAUAUAAUCGUAGAGACUCGUUAGGAUCCAUAUUAUUAAUGGCGCGAAAAGAGAGAGAGAGAAAGAGAGAAAUGAUACGAGAUAUAGAAACGUUUCAAGCCAUUACAAGUAAAGUUCUCUAUAAAAAAGAAACCGAUACACAAAGACUAAUUCUGUAAUAUUUAAAGGCUAAUAUAGUAAUCUUGUUUUUGAGUGUAAACGGCUCACGCCUUUUCGCGGGCUGGGCGCAUUUCUGUCCCUUUAGUUAUAAUCGUAAUAAUUGUUUCCGUUAUAUGAGAAAGACUACACUGUUUGUCGAUUAUAAUUAUAAUAUAUACAAGAGUUGUAAAAAAACGUAAAAUAAAUAUAAAUGAUGUAAACACUGAAAAA